UCUUAUGAAUGGAAAGUGAAAACCCCUGUUACGCUUAAAUUGGGUUCCUUCCUGUCCUGAGAAACACAGAGACCCCCAAAAGGGAAGCAGAGGAGAGAGAGACCCACACCCAGACCCCGCGAGAAGAGAUGACCAUGACCACCAUGCCAGAGAGUCUCAACAGCCCCGUGUCGGGCAAGGCGGUGUUUAUGGAGUUUGGGCCACCCAACCAGCAAAUGUCUCCUUCUCCCAUGUCCCACGGGCACUACUCCAUGCACUGUUUACACUCGGCGGGCCAUUCGCAGCCCGACGGCGCCUACAGCUCGGCCUCGUCCUUCUCCCGACCGCUGGGCUACCCUUACGUCAACUCGGUCAGCAGCCACGCGUCCAGCCCCUACAUCAGUUCGGUGCAGUCCUACCCGGGCAGCGCCAGCCUCGCCCAGAGCCGCCUGGAGGACCCAGGGGCUGACUCCGAGAAGAGCACGGUGGUGGAAGGCGGUGAAGUGCGCUUCAAUGGCAAGGGGAAAAAGAUCCGCAAACCCAGGACGAUUUAUUCCAGUUUGCAGUUGCAGGCUUUGAACCGCAGGUUCCAGCAAACUCAGUACCUAGCUCUGCCCGAGAGGGCGGAGCUCGCGGCCUCCUUGGGACUCACGCAGACGCAGGUCAAGAUCUGGUUCCAGAACAAGCGCUCCAAGUUCAAGAAACUGAUGAAGCAGGGCGGGGCAGCUCUGGAGGGUAGCGCGCUGGCCAACGGCCGGGCGCUGUCUGCAGGCUCUCCUCCAGUGCCACCCGGCUGGAACCCCAACUCCUCUUCCGGGAAGGGCUCGGGCGGCAGCGCGGGCUCCUACAUCCCCAGCUACACGUCGUGGUACCCCUCGGCGCACCAAGAAGCUAUGCAGCAACCCCAGCUCAUGUGAGGUUGCGCGUCCGCAUCCGCCCGCCUCCUUCCCGUCUCCCUCUGCCCGGGCCCCUCUCGCCUCCCGGUCCAUCCGCCCCGUCCGCGUGCCGUGGGUCCGGAGGAGAAGGGCCCAGAGGGAAAGAAGGAACAGUAAAGGCAGGACGCCCGCCGCCUCCUCCGAGUGCCGCGCGGUCUGGCUCGGCGACCUCCCUGGCGCCCACGCCCUUGCCCGAACCCCGGCCUCGGCCGCGCGGUGACAGCAGAGUGGCCUCGAAGCGCAGGCACAGCGGCCUGAGACAGCGGGAGCCGCAGCAAGAUCCCGCCGGACCCGACCGCCGACGCUCAGCUGUAUGGGACUAUCAGGAAAACAAAACAAAACAAAACACAAUGUAGAAAAAGCAAAAGCUCUUUCUGUCCUGUCCGUUUCUUGUCUCCUUUCGCUCUGUAUCUGUGCGCUGACGAAGUCGAGGUUCUUGUCCGUCCGCUGUCCUCGUUCUUCGGCCGCUGAAAAAAGUCACCAGGUCGGAGGAGGCUUGGUCCACCGGGCCACCCUGCUCCGGAUACUGGAACGUUUUGUCUUUUCGGACCUUUU